UUGUAUGGGUUUCUUGUCAAAUAUUUUGUCAAAAACUUUAUUUGCAUAAUAUCAAUCACCGUAACUAAAGCUUCGUCGUCUUUGUUUAUGAAUGCAUGUUACUUCUCCUAUUCCAACUCCAGAAAAUUUAGAUAAAGCAAAAUAUUGGAAAAAGUGAAAGGAGAAAAGAAAAAGCAACGCCCGAACAGGGACUUGAACCCUGGACCCUCAGAUUAAAAGUCUGAUGCUCUACCGACUGAGCUAUCCGGGCUCUGCUGCUAUCGCCGUACGCAGUCUUUAUAAACAUAGCUCGCAACCUGCCACUGCACGGUUUCAGAUGCAAUAUAGCUAGCACCAGCCACCACACGGUUUCGGAUUCUAUACAGCUAGCGCCUGCUACCACACGGUUUCGGAUUAAAUCUGUCAAAACGCCUGCAACAUGACCAAAUUUCCUGUCCAAAAUGUUCCUUUUAUACAUGAAGCUCCUACGGUGCAGAUUUCAGAGCUGCAGCAAGCUAUCCAAGAGAGCAGUCGAAAACUGCAAGAAGUUCAAAAUAAUCGGGGGCAAAUUGAGAAAGAGAUAAUUGAAAGAAGGAAGGAAACUGCACAGAGAGUAGAACUGAUGAUGGAAAAAAGCAAAGAGGUCGAUGCACUGCAGCAACUGGGCCGAAUUCUGCAGGAAGAAAUGCAGCUGACAGAGCUACUGAAUGGACAACCUGAUGCAGAAAGGAACCAGAUAAGUAUUUUACAACAAAGGAGUGAAACUGCCUCAAAUAAGGCAAAAAGCCUUGUAACUGAAAUUCUGGAAGUGAAAAAGCAUCUGCAAGAGACCAAGGCACAACAUAUGGCAGCAGGUCGAGCUGCUGUGCCAACAUCCAAAUCAAAAAGAAAUCAGAAAAAAAAGUAAUCUUUCAUUAGUUUACUUUUUUUUUGUUGAAAGGCCUUUUGUACAAUUUGCAUGCAAUGAUGUUUUAGUAGUUUUAUGCAUUAUUUGUCACAACCUAAUAAAAUAUUGUUUUUCAUUUGUG